UAAAAUUUGUACAGGGAUAUCAAUAGUGUUACACAUUAAAUAUGUCAAAGAAUUAUACAACAAGUAGACCUCUCUUAUCUGAUGAGGUUAAAAAGGCCCAGGGGGCAAAGACAACGAGGGAACCAACUAUUUUCUCUAAGAUUGUCGAUAAGUCAAUCCCAGCAGAUAUCAUAUAUGAAGAUGAACUGUGCUUGGCUUUCCGAGAUGUUUCACCACAAGCCCCUGUGCACUUUUUAGUGAUUCCAAAGUCCCCAAUACCAGGAAUCAGUGAUGCAGAUGUACAGGAUAAAGAGCUUUUAGGACAUCUUUUACUGACUGCUAAACAAGUUUCAGAGCAACAGAAUCUAUCAAAUGGAUAUAGACUAGUAAUUAAUGAAGGACCAGAUGGGGCCCAGUCAGUGCAUCAUCUUCACAUACAUGUUAUGGGAGGAAGACAGAUGAACUGGCCACCUGGAUGAUAUCUUUGAACAUGGAGAACUAGAGA